GCGCCGAAAUGCUCUAAAUGGUUGUAACAGGGGCGCUGCAGAAAGUUUUGUAAUGAACAGUAAGAAAAUCGCAAUUUUGAUACGGUUCACAUGGGUUUUAGGGGGAAACGUCAAGCAAUAUUGUUCAGCCAUUGCUACAAAAGCAAUGCUAUGGUAAUACAGCUUACUGUUACUCUCCUCAAAACAUAGUAAAUAACUGGUGGCAUUUGACCUUCUACAUUUUACAUGUUUAAGGACUGUACUUUCUUUAAGUUUGCGGAGUAUUUUAACUCCGGAGAGUCUUCAUGGAGACCAAUAAAGGCAGAAGAGGCAGAAGGAAACGGAGACAGAGGUUCAAACAGAGCUCUGUCCGACCAGUAAAUCUGUGUCAUGAAUCCCGAUACGUGGAGCUGAGGAAAUGGCUGAAGCAGCAUGGCUUCAAGUGCAAUUCGUUGAUCCCAGUACAGUUUUCAGACACGGGGAGGGGCCUGAUGACCACACGGGCCAUUCAGGCUGGUGAUGUGUUGAUUGCCUUGCCGGAGAUGUGUUUAUUGACCACUGCAACCGUACUCCAGAGCUAUCUGGGUGGAUACAUCAGGAGGUGGAAACCCGCCAUCUCUCCUCUUCUGGCCCUCUGUGUGUUUCUCAUUUCUGAGAGACAUCUUGGGACAGAGUCGCAGUGGAAGCCCUAUCUUGACAUUCUGCCGACAUCCUACACAUGUCCUGUCUACUUUUCGGAUGAAGUUGUGAGCCUGUUACCAAGAGUUCUCAGAAGAAAAGUGCUGAGCCAGAGAAAUACAAUUUUUCAGCUGCACACACAUUCGCUGGCAUUUUUUAAGAGCCUGCAGCCACUUUUUAGUCAUCCUGUGGAAGAUAUAUUUACCUAUGAUGCACUGCGAUGGGCAUGGUGCAGUGUCAACUCUAGAACUGUGUACAUGGAGCACCAGCAGAGCCCUGACCUGGCCAAGGAUCCAGAUGUAUAUGCAAUGGCUCCAUACCUGGACCUGCUCAACCAUAGCCCAGGUGUGCAAGUGAAGGCUGGCUUCAACCACGUGACACGAUGCUACGAGAUCCGCAGUAUGCAAGGCUGCAAGAAGUACCAGCAGACCUUCAUUUGCUAUGGCCCCCAUGACAGUCAGCGCCUCCUACUGGAGUAUGGGUUUGUGGCACCUGACAACCCCCACAGCGUGGUCUAUGUGGAUCCAGCCAUCCUACAGCAGUACUUUUUUGAGGUGGACAAACAAUUUCAGCAAAAGCACCUUUUUCUGAAAGAGCAAGGGUUUCUAACGAAUCUAACCUUUGGGCCAGAUGGUCCCUCGUGGAAGUUAAUGACAACAUUGAGACUGCUAUGCCUUAGACCAGAACAGUAUGCAUGCUGGAAAUCUGUGCUCUUGGGGUCAGCAGUGAGUCAGGAUGUUGAGGAGCAGAGCCUGGGUGCGGCCUGGGCGCUAUGUCGCCACCUCAUGGAAGAGAACAAAGAGGCUGUAGCGAAGCUGUCCCGCAUGAAGGUGGAUGCAGGUGUCUCCCUCAAGGAACAACUGGCUGUAGUAGGAUGUCUCAGAAAUGAGGAGCAUAGGAUUUUGGGAUAUUCAGUGGAAGUUAUUGAGAAAAUUCAGACAAAAUUUGGGUGCAGGUAAAACACUAAUUUCUGGUUUUUACUCAUGACUUGUGGAAGACACUGUCCAGCUGCACAAAUAUAAAACCACAUCCUUUCUGGAUAGAGAGAGCAAAACCUGGAAACUUGCCAAUGUAUGUUCAACACCUUUGAGGCACAUGACUUAUGCCAUAGUCUGGGUGUCUCCCAUCUCCAAGAUAGAUGCAGAUUAUGUGCUAUAAAUGUCUGACUCACAUGAGUUUCAAACCAACAUGAAGAGAACAGUGGGUUCACCUUUAGAAUCAGAAUGAGCUUUAUUGCCAAGUAUGUUCACACAUACAAGGAAUUUGUCUUGGUGACAA